CUCUCCCCGUUUCCAUCUCCUUGCUUAGUACUUACUUCCCUUUACUAGAGAGCCAGAUUUCCUGAGGGAGAUGGAUGGGAGCCAUUUGGUACCCACCUUUGCCUGGACCAUUCCUACAUACAUCCCCUUCUCUGGGAACCCCAGAAGUUUAGCCUUGGCCAGCUGGGAGCCAGGACUCCUGGGUUUCCUGGGGAGUUUUAGACCUUAAUAAGUGACAGAGGCGGAGGAGAGUUGGGCCACAGAAAGCAGAGAUGCUGGUGCCCCUUUCUGUUUCCUGCCACUCCCCCCUCAGUGGGAUGUUCCUUCUUGUGUCUGCCCCAUGCCGGCGUGCUGUGGAUUUCUUGUCACUGUUAAUCCGCCCUCUGCUGGGUGCAUUGUGUCUGUUUGUGGCCCACUGUUAGGAGUGAUCCCUGGGGAGGACUGGGGGACAGUGGGGGAGGAGGAGAGGGAUGACUCACUGCUCCCCCUCCCCUGGGAGGAGCCCCCUAAGGGGUCCCUAGUGGAGGCUGAGUCUCUAUGGUUGCUCUCUCUUCAGCCACCGGAGGGUCCCGGUCCUGAGCUCUCAGACGCCCACAAGACUUGGCUGAACUUUGUCCGGAGGCCGGAUGAGGGUGCCCCCAGGAAGAAAUGCAAAGGAAAAGAUAAGAGAUUACGCGGCCUCACGGGCCCUCCGGGCCCCCCCGGGCCUGCUGGCCCCCCAGGUCCCCCAGGGGCCGAAGUCACCCAGGAAGCUCUGUUGCAGGAGUUCAAGUACAUGCUGAAAGAGGCCACAGAGCGCCGGGCGGCCAUGGAGGCCUUGGCCCAGCCCAGCCAGAGGCCCCUGGAUGCCAUCGUGGCCCCCUACAGGCGCGUGGAAGAAGCUUUCCACUGCAAGCUGAAAGCCCAACUGGUCAUUGACAAGAAGACCCUGAUGGAGCUGCACAGCUUCCAGGCGCCCCUGGCCAAGGGGGCCUUCCUGCGGGGCUCGGGCCUGAACCUAUCAACCGGCCGCUUCACAGCCCCGGUGUCCGGCAUCUACCAGUUCUCGGCCAACGUGCACAUUGACCACAGUGAGCUGAAGAGCCGAGCCCAGCUGAGGGCCCGGGACAAUGUCCGGGUGCUGAUCUGCAUUGAAUCCUUAUGUCAUCAACACACGUCCCUAGAGGUGAUCACGGGCCUCGAGAGCAACAGCAAGAUCUUCACGGUGCACAUCCAGGGGCUUCUGCAGCUUCAGGCCGGCCAGUACACCUCCAUCUUUGUGGACAACAGCGCCGGGGCUGCCCUCACCAUCCAGAGUGGCUCGGACUUCAUGGGGAUGCUCGUGGGGCUGUGACCUGGAGGGAAGCCCGAGCAGCUCAGGGCCAGGGCCGGCGGGGGGCCUCAGGUCGGGGAGGGGCAGGGCUGGGGGCAGGAGGAGAAAGGACCCUGGGACCCCCCCCCUUCUCUGGGAUCUGGAAGCCCAGCCGGGGCCCGCUGCCCUGCCUUCCCUCCCUGUUCCCCCAAACACACACACCACGGACUCCCACGUGCCCUGUGCAUCCCCCCAACACUCACACACACUCACACUCACACACACACACUCACACACACUCACACACACACCUUGUGGGUCAGAGGCGGCUGCUUGUUUUUUUAUUCCUGUCUAUUCUUAUUAUAUACGUUACUGAUAAUUAUUAUUAUGAAAACUAUGAUAAUAGAGAAUAAAAUGGCAGGAGGGACUUGACCUCCAGCCGCGUGUGGUUAAGA